AUGAGACUCAACUCUGUUGUUUCGCUCUUUGGGGCUAUUGCUACAGUAGUGUCUGCAGCAAGUCUUCAUCGUCGGUCAAGUUUGACAUCCCGAUCUCUUUCUGCUUCAUCCGCUUGCAGUGGAAAUACUGCUAGUACUCGCAAUGAGUGGUGUCAAUAUGAUAUAAACACCGACUACACAACAGUCGUGCCCGAAACCAAUGUCACUCGUGAAUACUAUUUCAAUCUGGAAAAAGUGACAGUGUCUCCCGAUGGACGCUCCCGCAUGGGACUAGCCAUCAAUGGCUCUAUUCCUGGACCGACUAUUGAGGCGAACUGGGGUGACUGGGUUGUGGUACACUUGACCAACAGUCUACCUGCUGACGUGGACAACGGUACGAGCAUUCACUUCCACGGAAUUCGACAACUGUACACAAACCAAAAUGACGGUGUCGUCUCGAUCACUCAGUGCCCUACUGCUCCCAACAAGACCAUCACCUACAGGUGGCGGGCUAUGCAGUACGGCACGACAUGGUAUCACUCUCAUAUCGGUCUGCAGGCCUGGGAGGGACUCUUUGGAGGAAUUGUGAUUCAGGGCCCUGCCAGCUCUAACUAUGAUGAAGAUAAGGGAGUGAUCAUAAUGAACGACUGGGAUAUCAACACCGUUGAUGAACUGUUUGGCACAGCCCAGGUGGACGGUCCUCCAACAUUCGACAAUGCCCUCAUCAACGGCACAAAUGUCUUCGGGUCAGACGGAUAUGCCAACCAGACCGGAACCCGGUUCAACACUUCUUUCACAGAGGGAACUUCCUACCGACUUCGCCUUGUGAACGCAGCCUGUGACACCCACUUCAAAUUCAUGAUCGACAACCACACCAUGACGGUGAUCGCCAACGAUCUCGUCCCAAUCACCCCCUACGAGACCAAUGUUCUCAACAUCGGAAUGGGCCAACGCUACGACGUGAUCGUAACAGCCAAUCAAGCCUCCGUAGCCAAAAACUUCUGGCUCCGUGCAAUCCCCCAAACAGCCUGUUCCGAGAACCUCUCCCCCCAAAACAUUAAAGGAAUUGUGUACUACGGAGACUCACCCUCCACACCAACAACAACAGAAUACGACUACACAGACAGCUGCGACGACGAAGCAAUGUCCGACCUCACCCCCAUAAUCUCCGAAACCAUCUCAACAACACCCUACUACAACGAAUCCGAGCCCGUCUCCCUAGCCAAAAAUGGCGGAAAUCUCUACCGCUGGAAACUCAACUCCACAUCCAUGCACGUCGACUGGACAGACCCGACCCUCCUCGAAGUCUACCGCGACCACCACUCCUGGGCAAACAGCAGCGGAGUCAUCGAGCUCCCCCGCAAAAACGAAUGGGUGUACGUCGUUAUUGAAACCAGUCUCUCAGUCCCACACCCCAUUCAUCUACACGGUCACGAUUUCUACGUUAUGGCGCAAGGCACCGGAACAUAUGAUGGUGAAGUUACUUCUUUGGCGAGUCCCCCGAAGCGGGAUACGGCUAUGUUGCCGGCAGAUGGACAUCUGGUUAUUGCGUUCAAGACUGAUAACCCCGGUGCAUGGUUGAUGCAUUGCCAUAUUGGGUGGCAUACUGAGGAGGGCUUUGCGAUUCAGUUCGUUGAGCGGUAUGAUGAGAUCAGGAAAUUGAUCAAUUAUGCCGAUUUGAAGAAGAAUUGCGAUAGCUGGGACUCUUAUCAGACCCUGCGCAGUGUGAAGGAGGAUGACUCGGGAAUUUAA